AUGCUGAAGUGCGUGUGUAAGUCAGUCAAUGCGUGUGCAUAUAAAUGUGUGUGUGAGCUGCUCCCAGCUCUGACAGUGUGUCUGCCUGCUGUGUAGAUAAAGUCCUUCUCUCGCCUAGAGAGAAGCUGAGAUGACUGGGACUGUUGUCCCUGCCACACUGCCCCAGGCCUGACUGGCCCAGCCACGAAUGAGAGGAGUGGGAGAGAUGAAGGGGCGGGCGAGUAAGAGAGAGAGGAAUGUUAGAAACAGCAAAUAGGGAAAGGGGGAUUUCAAUGGAGAGGAAGGGUGAUGUGAGGGGGGAAGGUAAUUCAGAAAGAGAGUAAGGGGGAGAACUAUUUGACUUGACGUAGGGUCACUAGCAUUACUCACAUAACAUUACUUACUCACAGUGACAAAGCCACAUUAUCACCACUCACUACUAGUGUGCUUGCUGAGACAAAACAUGCAUGUUUUUGCCAAGGCAUUUUCAGACUGGAUUCUUCACACGUUUGUUGCCCUGGAGAUGGUUUUGGUUUGUGUAUUUGAAAAUUAGCAGAAUGUGAAGAGCCUGUUGCUGCCUAAUAGUAGUCCUAUGGGGGGCGCUAUGUUUCACCUACCUUUUUUACCUCUGAUGCUUAAUUGAUUGUGUGUGUGUGUUCACACUGAAAUGUCAGACUUUUUUAUUCUUUAUAGCCCUGCAAAAGCUCCCCAACAGCAGGGCAGUCCAAAGAGUGAAGACUGGGGACUGAGGAGCAUGACCGGAAAGUCUGACUUUUUGGCGAGUGAGUUACACAUUUAUAUAAUCUUCUAGUUAAUUUGGCUUCCAAUUGGAUGCCUUUUUUCCCAAACAAUACAGAAAGUCAUUGAGCAAACCUUUUUGUGUUACCUCAUCUCUCCAACUCUAGUUGCACCUCCACCCCCAUUGACCACUUAUGAGUACCCCACCUUGCCCAUUACAAAGAAUAGACUGGAGGUAAAAUACUUUAGUAGCCUCACGCACGCAUUCACACUUACACACACAUGCAUGCUUUAGUUACUCCUACCAUGUCAGGACAUUUUCAGGUCAUAGACUUUAACAGAGAUGGUCAUCAGCAACAUUUCCUCAGGUCAUAACACCACUUAAGGUUUUACGGUGUGCUUCAGAUGAGCACUGAUUCUGUCUGAUGGAGCCAUAAGCGCAACAAGAGGGGAAAUAGCCCACUGUGAAUGUCUUCACAUGCACACAAGUAACAGAGUGUGAUGGAGUAGGGCCAUUAGUUGUCCAUUAGUGAAGAGAUGUGUGUUUCAGACUUUCAUUUCCUACAGAUUCAGAUUCACAAGUAUUGUCCUACAAGAGCAAAAUCGGAAUGUUUUAAUGUUAUUGUGACUUUGUGAACAUAAACAACAGAUUAGAAUACUUUAUUAUAUACUAUAAUUUAGAUUGUUGAAUCAUAUUUUGUGUUAAUCUUUAAAUGGCUACAAUAUGUUAAUUCCUUUUUCCUUCUGCUGUGUUUGAUGUGCAGUUCUGUGUUUGUGUAUUUCCAGCUCAUCUCUCUGAUCGAAAACAACUCAAUGGUGAUCAUCCGUGGAGCCACAGGCUGUGGGAAGACUACCCUGCUGCCCCAGUUCAUCCUGGACUACUACAGCGAGAAGAAUGCCCCCUGUAACCUUGUGGUCACCCAGCCUCGCAAAAUAGGCGCCAGCAGCAUCGCCCGAUGGGUCGCCAGAGAGUGCAAGUGCACCCUGGGUGGUCUGGUAGGAUACCAGGUUAGUGAAGUAUUCACAACUCACACACACCUUGUUGAUGAUAUCAUUUUGAUAUCUAUAUCCCCCAAAAAUACUUUACCAUGCGUAAUGUGUUACAAAGUCUGAUUUGCGCACACAUCCCUUGGUGGAAAGAAGAUGGAGAAAAAGGUGUAAGAAACCAGAAUUGCGUGUUCAGGUUUCAUAACAAGGGGCAGUGGACUGAGUCUAGCAUCUCCAGCGAUAUUAUUACCCCUCGAUGAAGCUCUGUACAAAAAGCCCACUUGAAGUUUCUGUUGCACAGGGAGGAGUGUGGUGGAUACACUUCCAUGCUGGACUGUUUCCAGGCUGUCUAGAUGCAUUGUGUCCAGCUCUGAAACAGCAGACACCGUCUAAUUAUAACUCCCUGCUCCUCUCCUCUGUCUGCUCUGCUGCAGUUUGCAGGAGCGGUGAUGAUGUCACUGUUAGCCAGACACUGAGUGAGGAGUGAGACAGUGAUGGGCUGACCUGAUGAACACCUAAGGGCUUGAAAUCUUGUCAGAAUAAAUACAGAUGGGAGCACACAGUAUAUUGCAGAAUUGUAAGAGAAACCUUGUGUUGCACAUAGGAAGAAAAUAGACACCAAGUACCCAUGCUCUGCACCUGGUGGGAGCUAUACAAUUUAUUUACUACCAGAUAAUGAUCAUUAUCCAAUUGGUAGGUUCUCUAGUGUCUGUUCUUUCUCUUGUUCUACCAGUAUAAUGUGUCCAGUAGAGAGCUGGAGAAACCGAUGGGUUCCGGGCCUUGAAGAUGUAUAGAGAGUAACAGAGCAUUAUCCACUUUCACAGUGACCUUCCCAUGACACUCCUGCCAUGAGGGAGGGCUGUUUUUAUACAUUCCUCUUAGCAUUGGCUUUGUCUGACUGUCCUAAGGGUAGUGUGAUGGAUGUUUACAGUGCUUUCUAUCUCUGUCUUUCGUUUCUUACUGAGAGUUUUUGUGAAAGUCUUGCAUGAGUUUGUACUUGGAUUUGAGUAGCAGGACAUGAGAGCAACUCCUCAGGGAGAAAUGUUAGGAUAGGCAAUUUGUCUGAUCUCUGAGAGUCACGUUGUGUGGUGAGUUUGUGCUCUGGGAUAUGAUGGCUGAUGUGAGUUGCUCAACAGAAUGUUUGACAUCACAUAGCUAGAUAGAUAGAUAAAUACCUACAGCUACAGUAGAUUUAGAAUCCUCACGUCUGCCUUUAGGCUUCACCUUUCCUCUUGACUGACAUGGACAGGUCUAAUGGUCUGUGUAUUUUUGUGUUUAUGUGCUUGUGUGUGAAAAUGUAAGGGCACCUACUCAUAUGUUUCUCUGUUUGUUUCAGGUGGGCCUGGAGAAGAUGGCGACUGAACACACAAGACUCAUCUACAUGACCACUGGAGUGCUGCUGCAGAAACUGGUCAGCGCAAAGAGGCUGACUGAGUACUCCCACAUCUUCAUAGAUGAGGUAACUGAGACUCAGACUGGUCAUCAUUUCAAAGUAGUAAUUUUGACUUCGAUACCAGGUUUAGUAUCACGAUACUCGAUACGAAAAUGAUACCAAAAGGAUACCCAAAAAAAGAAGGUAUAUUAGCCAAAGUCACAAAAUGGCACUUGAUCCAGACAGAAACUAACCUACUGCUCUGUUCAAUCAUUGGGCAUCUUUUGAGUCCAAUAUCAUUUAAUUAGAAUUAUUUUACGUCAAAAAUUUUCUGAGACGGCCAUGUACAGUGAGGGAUAAAAGUAUUUGAUCCCCUGCUGAUUUUGUACGUUUGCCCACUGACAAAGAAAUGAUCAGUCUAUAAUUUUAAUGGUAGGUUUAUUUGAACAGUGAAAGACAGAAUAACAACAAAAAAAUCCAGAAAAACACAUGUCAAAAAUGUUAUAAAUUGAUUUGCAUUUUAAUAAGGGAAAUAAGUAUUUGACCCCCUCUCAAUCAGAAAGAUUUCUGGCUCCCAGGUGUCUUUUUAUACAGGUAACGAGCUGAGAUUAGGAGCACACUCUUAAAGGGAGUGCUCCUAAUCUCAGUUUGUUACCUGUAUAAAAGACACCUGUCCAAAGAAGCAAUCAAUCAAUCAGAUUCCAAACUCUCCACCAUGGCCAAGACCAAAGAGCUCUCCAAGGAUGUCAGGGACAAGAUUGUAGACCUACACAAGGCUGGAAUGGGCUACAAGACCAUCGCCAAGCAGCUUGGUGAGAAGGUGACAACAGUUGGUGCGAUUAUUCGCAAAUGGAAGAAACACUAAAGAACUGUCAAUCUCCCUUGGCCUGGGGCUCCAUGCAAGAUCUCACCUCGUGGAGUUGCAAUGAUCAUGAGAACGAUGAGGAAUCAGCCCAGAACUACACGGGAGGAUCUUGUCAAUGAUCUCAAGGCAGCUGGGACCAUAGUCACCAAGAAAACAAUUGGUAACACACUACGUCGUGAAGGACUGAAAUCCUGCAGCGCCCGCAAGGUCCCCCUGCUCAAGAAAGCACAUAUACAUGCCCGUCUGAAGUUUGCCAAUGAACAUCUGAAUGAUUCAGAGGAGAACUGGGUGAAAGUGUUGUGGUCAGAUGAGACCAAAAUCGAGCUCUUUGGCAUCAACUCAACUCGCCGUAUUUGGAGGAGGAGGAAUGCUGCCUAUGACCCCAAGAACACCAUCCCCACCGUCAAACAUGGAGGUGGAAACAUUAUGCUUUGGGGGUGUUUUUCUGCUAAGGGGACAGGACAACUUCACCGCAUCAAAGGGACGAUGGACAGGGCCAUGUACCGUCAAAUCUUGGGUGAGAACCUCCCUCCCUCAGCCAGGGCAUUGAAAAUGGGUCGUGGAUGGGUAUUCCAGCAUGACAAUGACCCAAAACACACGGCCAAUGCAACAAAGGAGUGGCUCAAGAAGAAGCACAUUAAGGUCCUGUAGUGGCCUAGCCAGUCUCCAGACAUUAAUCCCAUAGAAAAUCUGUGGAGGGAGCUGAAGGUUCGAGUUGCCAAACGUCAACCUCGAAACCUUAAUGACUUGGAGAAGAUCUGCAAAGAGGAGUGGGACAAAAUCCCUCCUGAGAUGUGUGCAAACCUGGUGGCCAACUACAAGAAACGUCUGACCUCUGUGAUUGCCAACAAGGGUUUUGCCACCAAGUACUAAGUCAUGUUUUACAGAGGGAUCAAAUACUUAUUUCCCUUAUUAAAAUGCAAAUCAAUUUAUAACAUUUUUGACAUGCGUUUUUCUGGAUCUUUUUGUUGUUAUUCUGUCUCUCACUGUUCAAAUAAACCUACCAUUAAAAUUAUAGACUGAUCAUUUCUUUGUCAGUUGGCAAACGUACAAAAUCAGCAGGGGAUCAAAUACUUUUUUCCCUCACUGUAUAUGCAUUAAUGAAUCAAUUAAACAAUCGUACAAUCAACUUGACUUUGUUUUUACCAAUCUAACUACUUAACAACAUAAUGGUAAUCAUUUAUUUGAAUGGUAAAUCUCUUGAUAAAUUGGGUAAAUCAAAAUGUCACCUAGGCCUAUUCACAAUACAGGUGAAUGCAUAUUCAAUAGGAAUGUGUUCAUGUAUUGAGUUAUUAAGCAUGUUUUGGCUGAUUUCAUGGGGGUACAGAUGACAAUCUGUUUCACUUCUAUUUGGGACUUAUUUUAUUCUACUGAUCGACACCAUUUGCAUAGAACCGUCAGAGCCCUAUUCACACACGCUGAGGCAAUAGAUCAUCUUAGGCUGAUGGAGAGACGUGACGGAGAGACCGAUUUAAGUAAAUGCAUAACGUUUUUGGUAGCAAUCAGCUUUGAAAUCAGCAUAUUUUGCUUUAUGGUUUGCGUAGUAUCAUAAACAAAGUACCAGGGUAAUGAAUUGAUGUUAGCUUCAGCUGUAAGCUAGCGAUAAAAGUUACAGUGCCUUCAGAAAGUAUUCACACCCCUUGACUUUUUCCAUAUUUUGUUGUGUUACAAAGUGGGAAUAAAAUUGAUUUAACUUUUUUUAUAACUAGUCCACUCAGGAACAUUUCAAUGUUGUCUUGGUAAGCAACUCCAAUGUAUAUUUGGCCUUGUUUUAGGUAAUUAUCCUGCUGAAAUAUGAAUUUGUCUCCCAGUGUCUGUUGGAAAGCAGACUGAACCAAGUUUUCCUCUAGGAUUUUGCCUGUGCUUAGCUCCAUUCCAUUUAUUAAUUUUUUUUUUUUUAAACUCCCUAGUCCUUGCCGAUGACAACCAUCACCAUGCUUGAAAAUAUGAAGAGUGAUAUGUUGUGUUGGAUUUGGCCCAAACAUAACGCUUUGUAUUCAGGACAAAAAGUUCAUUUAUUUUCCACAUUUUUUGCAGUAUUACUUUAGUGCCUUAUUGUAAACAGGAUGCAUGUUUUGGAAUAUUUGUAUUCUGUACAGGCUUCCUUCUUUACACUCUGUCAUAUAGGUAAGUAUUGUGGAGUAACUACAAUUGUUGAUCCAUCCUCAGUUAUGUCUUAUCACAGCCAUUAAACACUGUAACUUUUUUUAAAUCACCAUUGGCCUCAUGGUGAAAACCCUGAGCGGUUUCCUUCCUCUCCGGCAACUGAGUUAGGAAGGGCGCCUGUAUCUCUGUAGUGACUGGGUGUAUUGAUACGCCAUCCAACGUGUAAUUCAUAACUUCACCAUGCUCAAAGGGAUAUUCAAUGUCUGGUCUUUUGUUUUUACCCAUCUACCAAUAGGUGCCCUUCUUUGCGAGGCAUUAGAAAACCUCCCUGGUCUUUGUGGUUGAAUCUGUGCUUGAAAUACACUCCUUGAAUGAGGGACCUUGCAGAUAAUUGUAUGUGUGGGGUACAGAGAUGGGGUAGUCAUUUAAAAAUCAUGUUAAACACUAUUAUUGCACACAGAGUCCAUGCAACUUAUUAUGUGACUUGUUAAGCACAUUUCUACUCCGGAACUUACAGUGGGGAAAAAAAGUAUUUAGUCAGCCACCAAUUGUGCAAGUUCUCCCACUUAAAAAGAUGAGAGAGGCCUGUAAUUUUCAUUAUAGGUACACGUCAACUAUGACAGACAAACUGAGAAAAUAAAAUCCAGAAAAUCACAUUGUAGGAUUUUUUAUGAAUUUAUUUGCAAAUUAUGGUGGAAAAUAAGUAUUUGGUCAAUAACAAAAGUUUCUCAAUACUUUGUUAUAUACCCUUUGUUGGCAAUGACACAGGUCAAACGUUUUCUGUAAGUCUUCACAAGGUUUUCACACACUGUUGCUGGUAUUUUGGCCCAUUCCUCCAUGCAGAUCUCCUCUAGAGCAGUGAUGUUUUGGGGCUGUCGCUGGGCAACACAGACUUUCAACUCCCUCCAAAGAUUUUCUAUGGGGUUGAGAUCUGGAGACUGGCUAGGCCACUCCAGGACCUUGAAAUGCUUCUUACGAAGCCACUCCUUCGUUGCCCGGGCGGUGUGUUUGGGAUCAUUGUCAUGCUGAAAGACCCAGCCACGUUUCAUCUUCAAUGCCCUUGCUGAUGGAAGGAGGUUUUCACUCAAAAUCUCACGAUACAUGGCCCCAUUCAUUCUUUCCUUUACACGGAUCAGUCGUCCUGGUUCCUUUGCAGAAAAACAGCCCCAAAGCAUGAUGUUUCCACCCCCAUGCUUCACAGUAGGUAUGGUGUUCUUUGGAUGCAACUCAGCAUUCUUUGUCCUCCAAACACGACGAGUUGAGUUUUUACCAAAAAGUUAUAUUUUGGUUUCAUCUGACCAUAUGACAUUCUCCCAAUCCUCUUCUGGAUCAUCCAAAUGCACUCUAGCAAACUUCAGACGGGCCUGGACAUGUACUGGCUUAAGCAGGGGGACAUGUCUGGCACUGCAGGAUUUGAGUCCCUGGCGGCGUAGUGUGUUACUGAUGGUAGGCUUUGUUACUUUGGUCCCAGCUCUCUGCAGGUCAUUCACUAGGUCCCCCCGUGUGGUUCUGGGAUUUUUGCUCACCGUUCUUGUGAUCAUUUUGACCCCACGGGGUGAGAUCUUGCGUGGAGCCCCAGAUUGAGGGAGAUUAUCAGUGGUCUUGUAUGUCUUCCAUUUCCUAAUAAUUGCUCCCACAGUUGAUUUAUUCAAACCAAGCUGCUUACCUAUUGCAUAUUCAGUCUUCCCAGCCUGGUGCAGGUCUACAAUUUUGUUUCUGGUGUCCUUUGACAGCUCUUUGGUCUUGGCCACAGUGGAGUUUGGAGUGUGACUGUUUGAGGUUGUGGACAGGUGUCUUUUAUACUGAUAACAAGUUCAAACAGGUGCCAUUAAUACAGGUAACGAGUGGAGGACAGAGGAGCCUCUUAAAGAAUAAGUUACAGGUCUGUGAGAGCCAGAAAUCUUGCUUGUUUGUAGGUGACCAAAUACUUAUUUUCCACCAUAAUUUGCAAAUAAAUUCAUUAAAAAUCCUACAAUGUGAUUUUCUGGAUUUUUUUUCCUCAAUUUGUCUGUCAUAGUUGACGUGUACCUAUGAUGAAAAUUACAGGCCUCUCUCAUCUUUUUAAGUGGGAGAACUUGCACAAUUGGUGGCUGACUAAAUACUUUUUUCCCCCACUGUAUUUAGGCUUGCCAUAACAAAGGGGUUGAAUACUUAUUGACUCAAGACAUUACAGCUUUUCAUUUUCUAUUAAUUUCUAAAAAUUUGUAAAAACAUAUUUCCACUUUGACAUUAUGGGGUAUUGUGUGUAGAUCAGUGACAAGAAAAUCUAAAUGUAAUUCAUUUUAAAUUCAGGCUACAACACAACAAAAUGUUGAUAAAUUCAAGGGGUGUGAAUACUUUCUAAAGGCACUAUAGCCUACAAAGCUGGAAGCUACUGGUAUCUUAUUGCAUUGUAAAGUGUUCUUCUGUACAGCAUGAGAGGGGAGCUAACAUGAGGCAAACCCAGACUCCCACUGCAGGGGACUAGUAAUGAGGAAGUGGAGCAGGCACGGUGCACGCCUCGGGCUAUAAGGGGGACAUCGGCUGCGUUGAUAGACAGAGUUGAUCCGUGAGACACAUUUGACUGAAGCACCGUAAGUAACAACAAUUCUAGUACCAAACCGUUUUUCAUGUUCUAGUAUCGAAAAAGUACAGAUGUUUGGGUAUAAUGUGCGACACCAUUUCAAAGUAGUCUACAGAUACAGUGGGGAAAGAAAGUAUUUAGUCAGCUACCAAUUGUGCAAGUUCUCCCACUUAAAAAGAUGAGAGAGGCCUGUAAUUUUCAUCAUAGGUACACGUCAACUAUGACAGACAAAUUGAGAUUUUUUUUCUCCAGAAAAUCACAUUGUAGGAUUUUUUAUGAAUUUAUUUGCAAAUUAUGGUGGAAAAUAAGUAUUUGGUCACCUACAAACAAGCAAGAUUUCUGGCUCUCACAGACCUGUAACUUCUUCUUUAAGAGGCUCCUCUGUCCUCCACUCGUUACCUGUAUUAAUGGCACCUGUUUGAACUUGUUAUCAGCAUAAAAGACACCUGUCCACAACCUCAAACAGUCACACUCCAAACUCCACUGUGGCCAAGACCAAAGAGCUGUCAAAGGACACCAGAAACAAAAUUGUAGACCUGCACCAGGCUGGGAAGACUGAAUCUGCAAUAGGUAAGCAGCUUGGUUUGAAGAAAUCAACUGUGGGAGCAAUUAUUAGGAAAUGGAAGACAUACAAGACCACUGAUAAUCUCCCUCGAUCUGGGGCUCCACGCAAGACCUCACCCCGUGGGGUCAAAAUGAUCACAAGAACGGUGAGCAAAAAUCCCAGAACCACACGGGGGGACCUAGUGAAUGACCUGCAGAGAGCUGGGACCAAAGUAACAAAGCCUACCAUCAGUAACACACUAUGCCGCCAGGGAAUCAAAUCCUGCAGUGCCAGACGUGUCCCCCUGCUUAAGCCAGUACAUGUCCAGGCCCGUCUGAAGUUUGCUAGAGUGCAUUUGGAUGAUCCAGAAGAGGAUUGGGAGAAUGUCAUAUGGUCAGAUGAAACCAAAAUAUAACUUUUUUGGUAAAAACUCAACUUGUCUUGUUUGGAGGACAAAGAAUGCUGAGUUGCAUCCAAAGAACAUCAUACCUACUGUGAAGCAUGGGGGUGGAAACAUCAUGCUUUGGGGCUGUUUUUCUGCAAAGGGACCAGGACGACUGAUCCGUGUAAAGGAAAGAAUGAAUGGGGCCAUGUAUCGUGAGAUUUUGAGUGAAAACCUCCUUCCAUCAGCAAGGGCAUUGAAGAUGAAACAUGGCUGGGUCUUUCAGCAUGACAAUGAUCCCAAACACACCGCCCGGGCAACGAAGGAGUGGCUUCAAAGAAGCAUUUCAAGGUCCUGGAGUGGCCUAGCCAGUCUCCAGAUCUCAACCCCAUAGAAAAUCUUUGGAGGGAGUUGAAAGUCCAUGUUGCCCAGCGACAGCCCCAAAACAUCACUGCUCUAGAGGAGAUCUGCAUGGAGGAAUGGGCCAAAAUACCAGCAACAGUGUGUGAAAACCUUGUGAAGAUUUACAGAAAAUGUUUGACCUGUGUCAUUGCCAACAAAGGGUAUAUAACAAAGUAUUGAGAAACUUUUGUUAUUGACCAAAUACUUAUUUUCCACCAUAAUUUGCAAAUAAAUUCAUUAAAAAUCCUACAAUGUGAUUUUCUGGAUUUUUCUUUCUCAUUUUGUCUGUCAUAGUUGACAUGUACCUAUGAUGAAAAUUACAGGCCUCUCUCAUCUUUUUAAGUGGGAGAACUUGCACAAUUGGUGGCUGACUAAAUACUUUUUUUCCCCACUGUAUGACUUGACUGGUAAUGAUGAUGUCCUAUCUGAUGUACAUUGUGUCUCUUAGUACCCAGUAACAUCAAACUAGCUGAACGUGAGUAAUAUAUUGUUACCAUGGCAGAGCAUGAAGGUGAGCCCACGCUUCUCAUCUCAUUCACCACCAUGUGAUCCUAAACCGUACUGACUGAACAGACACACACCGCCUCCCUUCCCCCUUUAUGCAGGUCAUCCUCAUGUCAGCCACCAUCAACUGCAGGGAGUUUGCAGAGUACUUUGGCACCCCCAUCCGCAGCCGAUGAACCCAGCCUAUGUGUUUUAGGUGGAGGGGGCUCCCUACGCCAUCGAGGAGUUCUACCUGGAUGACCUCCAUAGCCUGAUUCCCUACAGGGUGAGAGGGGGGAGCCCCAAGCCUAGUCUGUGGAUGUAGCUGGUACUCAUGGUUUAGACUGACCUAACACUGUGUCUGUGUAUUAACUAUCAGGUGGAUACCCGCCGUCCAGACGACCCUUACAUCACUGUGGAGAUGUACAAUGUGACUGUCAGCCUUAUCCAGAGCUUUGACGAGCUGGAGGCCAAAGAUCAGAGGUGAGGGGUCAACAGCUGUACUCUUCAUCUUAGCUCGCUUGAUAAAUAAACCAUUCGUUCACUAUUUGUUAAUUACCAUUGACUUAGUUGUCCUGGUGUGUUUGUGUAUCUCAGCAGCAGGACUGCGAGGGAGGGAGGGAGGCCUGUCUCUGCCAGACAGGGGCAGUGUGCUGGUGUUCCUCCCUGGUCUGGGUGAGAUCCACUACAUGCAGGAGGCUUUGUCCAAGCUGGUGCGCAAGAGGUGGGUGCUGUGUGUGUACAUGUGCACUUUCAGUGGUCUCUGGAGCGUGACUAUGGUAGGGAGACUGUGUUCGGUGCGUAGUAGAAACUUGAUGGUGCUGUUACGGUGUAUGUUUCAGACUGCAGGUGUACCCUCUCCACUCCUCAGUCACUCUGGAGGAGCAGAAUGGGGUGUUUCUGGUGCCUGUCCCAGGGUACAGGAAGGUAACUAUCACACCACAACCCAGUCUACUGAAUAGGACUUCUAGAACGCAAAGUGUUUUGUCUCUGUCUCCACAGAUCAUCCUCUCCACCAACAUUUCAGAGAGCUCUGUUACAGUCCCAGAUGUCAAAUAUGGUGGGUGUUUUCAUUUUCAUAAUGUUUACAGACCUUCCUUGCUAUAUGUACUGCCAUACUGUAUUCACUCUCCAUGUCUUGAAUAUGUGAUGUAUUCCUGUUGACAGUGAUUGAUUUCUGUCUGGCACGACACAUGGUCUGUGACAAAGAGACCCGUUACCAGUCCCUCCGCCUCACAUGGGCCUCCAAGACCAACUGCAACCAGCGUAGAGGUACAGUACAGCAGGGUUUCCCAAACUUGGUCCUGCAACACUGCUGGGUUUCCCAUGUGUAUCAAGAAUGGUCCACCACCCAAAGGACAUCCAGCCAACUUGACACAACUGUGGGAAGCAUUGGAGUCAACAUGGGCCAGCAUCCCUGUGGAACGCUUUCGACACCUUGGAGAGUCCAUACCUCAACAAAUGGAGGCUGUUCUGGGCAAAAGGGGGUGCAACUCAAUAUAGGAAGGUGUUCCUAAUGUUUUGUGCACUCAGUGUAUAAAGCUGCUAUUUUAUUCUGACUAGGUUGUUUUUUGUACUGUUCCCAGCGUGCCCCCCUGGCCAACAUCAUGCUGAAGGUGAAGCUUCUGGACAUGGGGGACCCCUGCUCCCUCCUCUCCACUGUCCUCUCACCCCCCCAACCUCAAUGACAUCGAGAGGACCAUACUCCAGCUCAAAGAGGUUCCUCACUGUGGACCUUAUCACAAACAGCCAUUGAAGGCUUUGGAUUCCUGUAUUUGUGGAGAGGUUUCCAAUGAGAAUCUUAGAUACAAUGGUGCUGAACACCCAAAUCUGUCACUGUGUGUUUGUGAUGUUGCAAUGGUUUCCUAACGUUGGUUCUGCUGUGUCAGGACCUUUACGUCAGCUAGCAUUAGCUCUGUCAGUGGUGUUUGUGUAUGUGUUUGUCAGCUGUGACUGAGCGGGGCGUAAAGCCUUUUGAUGAAGUCUGUGUAUGUGCUGUGGAUGGGCUCUUUGGUUGGAAGGUUUGAUGGACAGACAUUUUUGUAUUUUGUAUUAUUAUGUUUGACUGUAUGUGUGAUGCCUAAGUAUUCUUGCAGUCAGUUAUUUUUGAAAUAAUGAUAAUUGUCAUGACGUGUGUGGUGUAGAUGGGUGCACUGUCUGUGGGGAACGAUGGGCAGGGCCAGAGGCGUUUUGAUGGAGAGCUGACGUUCCUGGGUCGGAUUCUGCCUCACCUGCCUGUGGACCUGCACCUGGGGAAAAUGAUCGUGCUCGGCCACUUCUUUGGCUGUCUGGAGGAGUGCCUCAUCAUAGGUCAGUGGGGUUUGGGUUUAUGCUUUGUCUGUAGGUGUGUAACUGUAGGUGUGUGUUCAGGCAACAACUCCUCAACAUGUCUCUCUCUCUUAGCCGCCUCCCUGUCUCUGAAGAGCUUCUUUGCCGUGUCCUUCCUACAGCAGCUGGCAGGCUACAAGUGAGUCAGCACAUGAAAAUGUAUACAUGUUCUAUCAUACAGCAAAAAAUAUAUAAUUACACUUCUACAAUAUCUACCUUAUCACUGCCAUUUGAGUUAUUGUCUGCUGUAAGACUGUCAUCCUUGUCUCUUAAAUGUUUGAAUAUUCAGGAGCAAGCUGUUGUUCGCACACGGUGUGCCGAGUGAUUCCGUUGCUUUUGUCAACGCAUUCAAGGCUUGACACAUGUCCAGAAGCAAAGGAGAGUUGAGGCACCCGAAGGUGAGAGAGUAUUUAGAUCAUUAUGUUGCAUAAAUUAACUUUAAACAUGGAUAAUACAUAGAAGUGUAUGGAAUAAAGGAGGUGCCUAAAGACAUUAGACAAAGGUCCAGUAUCGGCUGAGAUGUCUGCAGUAAGGUGUGUGUGUGUGUGUUCUUCCUCCCAGGACAACCUGGAGUGGGGCAAGGAGAACUGCAUCUAGAUCAAGAGGAUCAGAGAGGUAUAGAGACCAGCAUCUCACGAAACACACACCAGGUGACCCAAAUCCCUGACCUGACCCUGCCUCUCUGUGACCCCCAGGUGGCCGAGCUCUAUGAGGACCUGAAGGAGAGAGUGUCCCAGUUCAACAUGCACGUGAUUGAGAACCCAGCGCCAAUGGACUACUCCAGCCUCCACAAGCAGAGGUUCAUCCAGCAGGUGAAACCGAGGCACAUGCCAGCAUUCAGGAGCUUACUUCCAACUUAUAGCUAUAUGAUUAUUAUUAUGACACUAUAAUAUUACCUGUUGUACCUAGCCCUCCUAUUCAGAAUAUCAUUCCGCAGUGCUAACACUGUAGCCCCUGUCUAUUUGACUUAUUCCACAAUUUGUUGUUACAGCCUGAAUUCAAAAUGGAUUAAAUUCAUAUUUUUUCUCAGCCAUUUACAUUUUAGUCAUUUAGCAGACGCUCUUAUACAGAGCGACUUACAGUUAGUGAGUGCAUACAUUUUCAUACUGGUCCCCCGUGGGAAUCGAACCCACAACCCUGGCGUUGCAAGCGCCAUGCUCUACCAACUGAGCUACACGGGACUAACGCCCAGAUCGGUGAAGUGCAGUAGAGACUGUUGUCCUUCUGUCAGGUUCUCCCAUCUCAGUCAAGGAACUCUAUAGUUCUGUCAGUGGUCGUUGGGUUCUUGGUCACCUCCCUGACCAAGGUCCUUCUACACACAAUACCCAUAAUGACAAAGUGAAACAUGUUUUUAGAAAUGUUUGCUAAUUUAUUGAAAAUGAAAUACAGAAAUAUCUCAUUUACAUAAGUAUUCACACCCCUUUGCUAUGACACUCCAAAUUGAGCUCAGGUGCAUCAAAUUUCCUUUCAUCAUCCUUGAGAUGUCACAACUUGAUUGACAAGCACCUGUGGCCAAUUCAAUUGUUUGGACAUGAUUUAGAAAGAAACACACCUGUCUAUACAAGGUCCCACAGUUGACAGUGCAAGUCAGAGCAGAAACUAUACCAUGAAGUCCAAGGAACUGUCCGUAGAUCUCCGAGAUAGAAUUGUGAUGAGGAAUAUAUCUGGGGAAGGGUAGAAAACUUCUAGAGUGUUGAAAGUUUCCAAGAGCACAGUGGUCUACAUUAUUAGGAAAUGAAAUAAUAUGGAACUACCCAGACUCUUCCUAGAGCUGGCCGUCCGACCAAACUGAGCAACCGGUCAAGAAAGACCUUGGUCAGGGAGGUGACCAAGAACCCAAUGACCACUGACAGAACUACAGAGUUCCUUGGCUGAGAUGGGAGAACCUGACAGAAGGACAACAGUCUCUACAGCACUUCACCGAUCUGGGCUUUAUGAGAGAGUGGCCAGACGGAAGCCAAUCCUGAGAAAAGGCACAUGACAGCACGCCUGGAGUUUGCAAAACGGCACAUGAAAGACUCUGAGAUCAUAAGGCAAAAGAUUCUGUGGUCUGAUGAGACAAAUAUGUAACUAUUUGGCCUGAAUGCAAAGCACUAUGUCUGGAGAACCAGGCAGUAAGGAUAGAGGGAACAAUGAAUGGAGCCAAAUACAGGCAAAUCGUUGAUGAGAACCCGCUUCAGAGUGCAAACAACCUUAGACUGGGGCGAUGAUUUACGUUCCAACAGGACAAUGACCCUAAGCAUACAGCCAAAGCAACGCUGGAAUGGCUUCGGAACAAGAAUGUGAAAGUCCUUGAGUGGCCCAGCUGAAGCCCAGACUUGAAUCCCAUUGAAAAGCUGUGGAAAGAUUGCCCCAUCUAACCUAACAGAGCUUGAGAAAAUCUGUAAGGAAGAAUGGGGAAAAUCACAAAAUCCAGAUGUGCAAAGCUGAUACAAACAUACUCAAGACGACUCAAAGCUAUAAUCGCCGCCAAAGGUGCUUCUAAAAAGUAUUGACUCAGGUGUGAAUACUUAUGUAAAUGAGGUAUUUCGUUUUAAAAAUGUAAAAUAAAUGAUGGGCUAUUGUUUUUAGAUGGGUGAAAACAUCUAUUUUAAUCAAUUUUGAAUUCAGGCUGUAACACAACAAAGUAUAGAAUAAGUCGAGGGGUAUGAAUACUUUCUGAAGGCAUUCCAUCUUUCAGGUGGUUGCCUACUACCCCAACUACUUUGCCCAAGGGGAAAUGGAUGAAGAGCUGGCCUCCAAAGACCUGUCAUACAGUGCUGGUAUGAUGCCAUUACCCCUUAUCCCUGAUUCCCUGAUUUAUCAGAUUCCUAUACAUUCAUGAAGUGUUUGUAUGUUGUGAAUGCUAGCCCACUGCCAUGCUCUUUGACUGUCUCGUCUCAGGUGAGGAACAUUUUACAUUUACAUUUUAGUCAUUUAGCAGACGCUCUUAUCCAGAGCGACUUACAUUAUAUAUUUUUCUUUCUUUCUUUUUUAUUUUUUUUAUUUUUUUUCAUACUGGCCCCCCGUGGGAAUCGAACCCACAACCCUGGCGUUGCAAACGCCAUGCUCUACAAACUGAGCUACAUCCCUGCCGGCCAUUCCCUCCCCUACCCUGGACGACGCUGGGCCAAUUGUGCGCCGCCCCAUGGGUCUCCCGGUCGCGGCCGGCUACGACAGAGCCUGGAACCUGCCCCCCUACAGUUUCCUGGACUAGAAGCAACUGCAGUCCCUGUUCCGUCAGUGUGGCCAGGUUAAGUCCAUAGCCUUCGAUGGAUCCAGGUAACAAACUAAUGGAUCAAACUUCUACUAGACUUACCAUAACUCAUCAUGUUACAUGUUUCAUAGAUAGAUACUUCAUAGAUGUUUUGACCUAAAUGGUCUUACAUAGCUUACAGCAUGCCCAUAGUCCAUUGGUAAGACAGUUGAACAUUUGUUGUGUGUUCCUUCAGAGGGCAUGUAGAGUUCUACCGGACGACUACCCGAGGGUCGGGGCUGCUCCCUGAGGUGUCACUGGCCCUCCUCCUGGCCCACCAGAGGCAUCCUCUGGACCUGUUUGUGCACCCCAGUGACGAGGUGGAGACCCGUGCGGGGAGCAGGACCAUCUGCCACAUGAGAUGCGCUCGGUAGGGAGCCUAUACAUCCUUCUCACACUACUAAUCCACUCAGCUGGGGUUUUAACCCUCUCCUUUGCUACAAAAUACAGUUUGCUGCAUGGGUGUAACAUCAUCUAACCCCAAUUUCUCAAGAGAAAUGCAUUUAGCGGAGUAGAAGUCAGUCAGUCAGUCAGUUGAUGUCUAGGUAAUGCCAGCUCUGGCUCAGGGCCAAUUACCUAUUCAGGGGGGUGGAGGUGUCCUGUUAGUGGCCAUCUGGGUUUGGGGGGAGUGGGCUCUGCCCGUACCCCUGCAGGCCUGCAGUCACCCACAGGCUGCACCCCUCCACACUGGGCCUUGAUGUAACCUGACGUGCUUGCAUUCUGGUUGACCCUCUACAGCCAUCACACAGCCUCUGAGAGGGUAGAUUUAGGCAGAGUCAGACCCUCCCCCUCCUUCUCACAUACAUUUACAGACAGGGCUGUCAUGAGUGAGUUAGGUAAGUCUCAUAGACUCACUAAUACAAUGAUGCAGCUCAGUGACUUUGACUGUUACACUAGCACUGUGUUCCCUCUUGGAGGGAUCCUCCUGGCUUUUUAAGAAUAAUUUGUUCUGUCCUGUGGUUUGCAGUGUGAAUGUGGACUUCCAGAACAACUCAGUCUACCCAGUGGGGGUGCUGAGCAGCACCAUCGACCCAGACAAGCUGCCCUCCAACCCCAUCUUCCCGGUCAACAUCACAGAGGUUAGUCAGGCUGAAUUUCUGGGAGUUGUUUUUGUGUAAAUGAGUAAUCUGGUGACGAUUAUAUCUAUAACUGUAUUGAGGUGAUCACAUACCCUCCAUUUUGGCUAUGCACAGUAUGUUUUGGAGGUGGUAACCAAGCAUGUCUCCUUCAUUUUGCCUCCCUAGGUGGUGGAGGUGGACCACUUCUGGGGCUUCAAGGCGGGCGAGGCCAGCAUGGAGAAGCAGCGCCAUCUGACAGCGGAGAUUAAUUCUCAUGAGCUGUGUCCAGUUCCUGUCUCCCUCUACCCCAACCUGCUGUGCCUGGCACCUUUCGCUGAGGGCGACGAGCAGGGCCUCUACUACCGUGCCAAGAUCCUGCAUGUCCGCGGCAGCUCUGUGGAGGUACAAGCACAUGCUCACUAGUAUACACAAUCACUCCUUUCAUACACUUAAAGACACAGGUUGAUUACAGUUGCAGUGGAUGAACCAUGUAAAGUAUGUGUGUUCUGAAUGUCCAGGUGGAAACACCACUCUGGUGUCGUGUAGCUGCAUGAGGGAGCUACCUGCUGAUAUCAUGGCCCACCCAUUCCAGGUACAGCUACAAAGUUUUAAAUAUCUUAGGGCCACAUCCUAAAUUGAUCUAGUAUUCCUAUAUUCUGGUUUGACUUUGUCCUGUAUUCUGUUACAAUUGUCUUCUGUCCUGUCUCCUCAGGCCCAGGAGUUCUGGAUCUCUGGGAUGCAUCCAUUGGCCCAGUCCAUGAUCCUGGGGGACCAGUGGAGCAGCCGCGCCCGCAACCGCUUUAUUACGUUGGUGAACGGCCACUUGUUCAGUCUCCCUGUUCUCCAUCCUGCACGGCUUCAUGCGCGUGGAGCUAGUGAUCAACACUGACAUGGUCACCUCCAGCGUGGCUGACAUCAUGAUACAGGUGGGACACGCCAUCAAGGCCGAGGAGAGCUUUGAGUCCAAGGUACCUCAAACACAGACCAGCUUUCCGUCUGUCUUCACUGCAGGUUCUAGAAUGUUGUGCUCAUGGAGAAUUGUUCAGUUAUAGUAUUCCUGUCAGGCUUGGCUAUAAACAUAAAUAAUUCAGUGUUUCUUAGCUGUCCAGCAGUAGAAACACAGGCUGUGACCCUGACCGUGCUGUGUGGUUGUGUGUCUUGCAGCAGAUCCACGACGUGCUGGUGUCUCUGAACAAAGACCUGCAGGACAGCACCUACACCCCCAACGCUACCAGCAGCUCCUGGAAGACCAGCAAGGAGGAGAAGCAGCUAAUUGACAGCCUGCUCCAGUCCUUCGCCAAGACCAGCCAGUCCUCUCUGAAGAGCAAGGCAAGAACACUGGCCAAACGGCUGAGUCACAUUUCAUAGACUGCCUGUCUGCUUCAACCAGACGGUGUUGUUAGUAGUUCACCACAAGAGGGUGUCAUCGUCUUUCUGCCUUUUGCCUGCCUCCUCCUGUCCAGAGGGUGGAGCCAUUUUGAUAGUAUGCGAGCUGGUGUACAUUUUGUUCUACAGUCGUGGUCAAACGUUUUGAGAAUGACACAAAUACUAAUUUUCACAAAGUCUGCUGCCUCAGUUUUGAUGAUGGCAAUUUGCAUAUACUCCAGAAUGUCAUGAAGAGUGAUCAGAUGAAUUGCAAUUAAUUGCAAAGUCCCUCUUUGCCAUGAAAAUGAAUUUAAUCCCCCAAAAACAUUUCCACUGCAUUUCAGCCCUGCCACAAAAGGACCAGAUGCCAUCAUGUCAGUGAUUCUCUCGUUAACACAGGUGAGAGUGUUGAUGAGGACAAGGCUGGAGAUCACUCUGUCAUGCUGAUUGAGUUAGAAUAACAGACUGGAAGCUUUAAAAGGAGGGUGGUGCUUGAAAUCAUUGUUCUUCCUCUGUUAAACAUGGUUACCUGCAAGGAAACACGUGCCGUCAUCAUUUCUUUGCACAAAAAGGGCUUCACAGGCAAGGAUGUUGCUGCUAGUAAGAUUGCACCUAAAUCAACCAUUUAUCGGAUCAUCAAGAAUUUCAAGGAGAGAGGUUCAAUUGUUGUGAAGAAGGCGUCAGGGCGCCCAAGAAAAUCCAGCAAUCGCCAGGACCGUCUCCUAUAGUUGAUUCAGCUGCGGGAUCGGGGACCACCAGUGGGGUAAAGUCAUUUUCUCUGAUGAAUCCCUUUUCCGAUUGUUUGGGGCAUCUGGAAAACACCUUGUCCGGAGAAGACAAGGUGAGCGCUCCCAUCAGUCAUGUGUCAUGCCAACAGUAAAGCAUCCUGAGACCAUUCCUGUGUGGGGUUGCUUCUCAGCCAAGGGUGUGGGCUCACUCACAAUCUUGCCUAAGAACACAACCAUGAAUAAAGAAUGGUACCAACACAUCCUCCGAGAGCAACUUCUCCCAACCAUCCAAGAACAGUUUGGUGACGACCAAUGCCUUUUCCAGCAUGAUGGAGCACCUUGCCAUAAGGCAAAAGUGAUAACUAAGUGGCUCGGGGAACAAAACAUCAAAAUUUUGGGUCCAUGGCCAGGAAACUCCCCAGACCUUAAUCCCAUUGAGAACUUGUGGUCGAUCCUCAAGAGGCGGGUGGACAAACAAAAACACACAAAUUCUGACAAACUCCAAGCAUUGAUUAUGCAAGAAUGGGCUGCCAUCAGUCAGGAUGUGACCCAGAAGUUAAUUGACUGCAUGCCAGGGUGGAUUGCAGAGGUCUUGAAAAAGAAGGGACAACACUGCAAAUAUUGACUCUUUGCAUAAACUUAAUGUAAUUGUCAAUAAAAGCCUUUGACACUUAUGGAAUGCUUGUAAUUAUACUUCAGUAUACCAUAGUAACAUCUGACAAAAAUAUCUCAUAACACCGAAGCAGUGAACUUUGUGAAGACCAAUACUUGUGUCAUUCGCAAAACUUUUGACCACAACUGUAUUAGUGGCUAUGGGCCAGGGCCACUCCUUCCUCUCAGGAAUUUGUGGAAAACAAUUUGUUUCUGGGGAAUGUUUUUCCUGUUAUUUAACAUGUAUUAAAUAAUUGUUUAUGAAUGUUAGUGGCUACAGGAUGCCCAUUGAGUCUUACUGGUGACUGUAAGUAAAGUGUUGCUGAUGCUGUUUCCCACAGGUUCGUGUGCAUGGCACAUCCAGUCCUCACAAAGUCAAACUUCCACAGCUUUAGCAACGUCACCGACUACAGGUUAGUCAGUGUCACACAGAUCAGGUUAGAGUUUGGCCCAGUGCUGGUGACACUAUAUCCCAGUGCUAAUGAAUGUGUUAACUCCUUACAGGUCAGUGCUCAUAGAGAAGGACCGCAUUAACUCAGUUGCGUUGAAUGACAGUCCUCAGGACAGCCAUCAGGUACAGUACUGGGAAUGGGAUAUGAUCUGGGAUAUAAUAAGCACAUUAGAAUAAGGGAUAGACCAUGGGUGUCCAACUCAUUUUGCCCUUGCGGACCGCAUUCGGUCUUCACUGAGGUCCGCAGGGCCGCACUUGAAAUUGAUUAUGUCCUCGCCUUCAACAUUUUCUACAAAUGGUCCUCUAUCCAGCACUGUUGGAAUUUAAUACUCCCAGACUAUCUAGGUUUCGAUGACUGUCGGCAAGCUGGACAGAGUGAAAUACACUUGAGUAUACCAAACAUUAGGAACACCUUCCUAAUAUUGAGUUGCACCCCCCCCCCCCCCCCCCCCCUUUGCCCUACGAACAGCAUCAAUUCGUCGGGGCAUGGACUCUACAAGGUGUCAGAAGCAUUCCACAGGGAUGCCUGCCAAUGUUGACUCCAAUACUUCCCACAGUUGUCAAGUUGGCUGGAUGUCCUUUUGGUGGUGGAUCAUUUUUGAUGCACACGGGAAACUGUUGAGCGUGGAAAAACCCAGCUGCGUUGCAGUUCUUGACACAAACCGGUGCGCCUGGCACCUACUGUACUACCAUACCCGGUUCAAAGGCACUUAAAUAUUUUGCCUUGCCCAUUCACCCUCUGAAUGGCACACAUACACAAUCCAUGUCUCAAUUGUCUCAAGGCUUAAAAAUCAUUCUUUAACCUGUCUCCUCCCCUUCAUCUACACUGAUUGAAGUGGAUUUAACAAGUGACAUCAUUAAGGGAUCUAGGGCUGUCCCCAACUAAAAAUAAUAAUAAUAAUCUUAGUGGACCGAAAGUCGUCUUUUUUGGACCAAUGGAUUGCUGGAAAAUAUUUGACGUGUAUUUUUCCAUUUAUAGACACAUUGUUUUAAUAAAAUCAACUAUGCGUUGAGCUUGUUUGAUGCUUUAAGCUUACGGUUUGAUGCCUUAAGAUGGCGCCAGAGAUCUAGAUAACCAGAAGAAAAAAACAACUUCACCUGACCCAACUAUUCUCCUCCCGCUCCUGCUGGCUUUUGCAGAUCCUCAUUACCGGCCGUGACCGGGAGUCCCAAAGGGCGGCGCACAAUUGGCCCAGCUUCGUCCGGGUUAGGGGAGUGUUUGGCUGUGGGGGCUUUACUUGGCUCAUCGCUUUAGGGACUCCUUGUGGCGGCCCGGGCGCCUGCAGGCUGACUUCGGUCGUCAUUUGAACUGUGUUUCCUCCGACACGUUGGUGCAGCUGGCUUCCGGGUUAAGCGAGCAGGUGUUAAGAAGCGCGGUUUGGUGGGUCAUGUUUCGGAGGACGCAUGACUCAACCUUCGUCUCUCCCGAGCCCGUUGGGGAGUUGCAACGAUGAGACAAGAUUGUAAUCACGAAAAAGGGGGUAAAAUUUUUUAAGAAAAUCCUAUAAAUCACAUUGGCCAGUCUGCAACGAACUUGAAACAUUAUCAACUAUUAACUUGGGUCCUGCCCAAAGCUUGUGCUAGAAAACUUGCAACAUUGUAUAAAAUAUUCUGGGCCCUCAGUUUCCUGCUCCAGUGAGCUCGGGACAGACACAGCUGUAGGCUAUUUGCGCAAGGGAUAAGAACUUGGGCAGGAGCUCACCGUAGCUAAGAACCGGCACCUCAAAUGUUCUACUGCUUAAGCUCCUGUUCCUUUAUAGAAUAAUAGCUCAAAAAUAUUGUGGAGCUGCUGCACCUAAAUAUAAGCAGUACCAUCACCCAAAAUGAGUACCGGAACCUAUUUCAGUCCUAGUCAAGCACCGAUAAGAAGCCUAUUUUAUGUUUCCACUGGAUCAGAGCAUGACAUUUUUCAGUUUCACGCUGAGUGGUUAUCGAAAGGGAGAGAGCUGGAAAGAUUUUUCAAAUACAUUGAGGAAUUAUUAAUUAUCAAUGGAUGUAAAAACAGACUUUGUUUGCUUGCUGUUUUAGGUGAAGAAAACAUUACUUUGAGAAGCGCCACAGCUCAUUAGUGGUGGUGCGUUAAGCCAAUCAGAAAUACUAUCAGACCCCUUGACGUUUUCCACAUUUUGUAACAUUACAGCCUUAUUCAAAAAAAAAUCCUCAUCAAUCUACACACUAUACCCCAUAAUAACAAAGUGAAAACAGGUUUUUAUAAAUUUUAGCAAAUGUAUAAAAAAUAAAAAAGAUACCUUAUUUACAUAAGUUUUCAGACCCUUUGCUAUGAGACUGGACAUUUAGCUCAGGUGCAUCCUGUUUCCUUUGAUCAUCCUUGAGAUGUUUCUACAACCUGUGGUAAAUUCAAUUGAUUGGACAUGAUUUGGAACAGCACACACCUGUCUAUAUAAAAGGUCCCACAGUUGACAGUGCAUGUCAGAGCAAAAACCAAGCCAUGAGGUCGAAGGAAUUGUCCGUAGAGCUCCGAGACAGGAUUGUGUCGGAACAGAUCGGGGGAAGGGUACAAAAACAUUUCUGCAGCAUUGAAGGUCCCCAAGAACACAGUGGCCUCCAUCAUUCUUAAAUAGAAGAAGUUUGGAACCAUCAAGACUCUUCCUAGAGCUGGCCACCCCGCCAAACUGAGCAAUCGUCUGGAGAAACUGAGCGUCACGUCUGGAGGAAUCCUGGCACCAUUCCUACGGUGAAGCAUGGUGGUUCUUUCUUUUCUCUACAAAACUAUUGAGCGUGCCGUCUUUAGCCAACUCUCUUGCUAUCUCUCUCAGAAUUACCUUCUUGAUCCAAACCAGUCAGGUUUCAAGACUGGUCAUUCAACUGAGACUGCUCUUCUCUGUGUCACGGAGGCUCUCCGCAUUGCUAAAGCUAACUCUCUCUCCUCUGCUCUUGUCCUUCUAGACCUGUCUGCUGCCAUUGAUACUGUGAACCAUCAGAUCCUCCUCUCCACCCUCUCCGAGCUGGGCAUCUCCGGCGCGGCUCACUCUUGGAUUGCGUCCUACCUGACCGGUCGCUCCUACCAAGUGGCGUGGCGAGAAGCUGUCUCCGCACCACGUGCUCUCACCACUGGUGUCCCCCAGGGCUCAGUUCUAGGCCCUCUCCUAUUCUCGCUAUACACCAAGUCACUUGGCUCUGUCAUAUUCUCACAUGGCCUCUCCUAUCAUUGCUACGCAGAUGACACACAACUAAUCUUCUCCUUUACCCCUUCUGAUAACCAGGUGGCGAAUCGCAUCUCUGCAUGUCUGGCAGACAUAUCAGUAUGGAUGACGGAUCACCACCUCAAGCUGAACCUUGGCAAGACGGAGCUGCUCUUCCUCCCGGGGAAGGACUGCCCGUUCCAUGAUCUCGCCAUCACGGUUGACAACUCCGUUGUGUCCUCCUCCCAGAGUGCGAAGAGCCUUGGCGUGACCCUGGACAACACCCUGUUGUUCUCCGCUAACAUCAAGGCGGUGACCCGAUCCUGUAGGUUCAUGCUCUACAACAUUCGGAGAGUACGACCCUGCCUUACACAGGAAGCGGCACAGGUCCUAAUCCAGGCACUUGUCAUCUCCCAUCUGGAUUACUGCAACUCGCUGUUGGCUGGGCUCCCUGCCUGUGCCAUUAAACCCCUACAACUCAUCCAGAAUGCCGCAGCCCGUCUGGUGUUCAACCUUCCCAAGUUCUUUCACGUCACCCCGCUCCUCCGCACACUACACUGGCUUCCAGUUGAAGCUCGCAUCUGCUACAAGACCAUGGUGCUUGCCUACGGAGCUGUGAGGGGAACGGCACCUCCGUACCUUCAGGCUCUGAUCAGUCCCUACACCCAAACGAGGGCAUUGCGUUCAUCCACCUAUGGCCUGCUGGCUCCCCUACCUCUGCUGAAGCACAGUUCCCGCUCAGCACAGUCAAAACUGUUCGCUGCUCUGGCACCCCAAUGGUGGAACAAGCUCCCUCACGACGCCAGGACAGCGGAGUCACUCACCACCUUCCGGAUACAUCUGAAACCCCACCUCUUUAAGGAACACCUGGGAUUGGAUAAAGUAAUCCUUCUAACCCCCCCCCCCCCCCCCCCCUUACCCCACCCCCCCCCAAAAAAAAAAAUUGUAAAGUGGUUAUCCCACUGGCUAUAAGGUGAAUGCACCAAUUUGUAAGUCGCUCUGGAUUAGAGCGUCUGCUAAAUGACGUAAAUGUAAAUGUAAUGUUUGUCAGCGGCAGGGACUGGGAGACUAGUCAGGAUCGAGGGAAAGAUGAACGGAGCAAAGUACAGCGAGAUCCUUGAUGAAAACCUGCUCAGGAGCUCAGACUGGGACGAAGGUUCACCUUCCAACAGGACAUCGACCCUAAGCACACAGCCAAGACAACGCAGGAGUGGCUUCGGGACAAGUUUAUGAAUGUCCUUGAGUGGCCCAGCCAGAGCCCGGACUUGAACCCGAUCUAACAUCUCUGGAGAGACCUGAAAAUAGUUAUGCAGCGACGCUCCCCAUCCAACCUGACCGAGCUUGAGAGGAUCUGCAGAGAAGAAUGGGAGAAACUCCCCAAAUACUGGUGUGCCAAGCUUGUAGCGUCAUACCCAAGAAGACUCGAGGCUGUAAUCGCUGCUAAAGGUGCUUCAACAAAGUACUCAGUAAAGGGUCUGAAUACUUAUAUAAAUUAUAUUUCCGUUUGUUAUUUUUAAUAAAUUUGCAGACAUUUCUAAAGACCUUGUUUUUGCUUUGUCAUUAUGGGGUAUUCUGUGUAGAUUGAUGGAAAAAAACAAUUGAAUCCGUUUUAGAAUAAGGCUGUAAUGUAACAAAGUGGAAAAAGUCAAGGGGCCUGAAUACUUUCCGAAUGCACUGUGUGUGUGUGUGUGUGUGUGUGUGUGUGUUACUGCUCGACUAAAACAAUCUCGGUCAGUCGACUAAAACAGUCGACCAGUCAACAAAUUGGGGUCAGGCCUAAAGGGAUCAUAACUGUCACUUGGAUUCGCCUGUUCAGUCAGUCAUGGAAAGAGCAGGUGUUAAUGUUUUGUAUAGGCUCAUUAUAAUUUCUACACUGUUUCGAUUUGGGUUUAGGCAUUUCAAUGUCGAUUGCGAUUAGAUUGCAAAAAAUUGAAAAACAAAAAAUAGUUUUUUGCUCAAACCACCCACUGGCUCGCUGUUUUUUUUUCUUCUGUGUCCUAGUGUAAAUAGCCAGUUUCUUGUUUUUUGUCUAUUUUGUAUAUAUUUCUCAAUUUUACUUUUAAUUCUUUAACUAAAUAUACUUUCCUGCAACCCGCCUCACCCAACGUGGAAAGGAUUCUAUUAUUUCUUUAUAACUUUUAUCAAGAACCUUAAGCUGAAACUAGUCUAGCUUCAACUGAAUGGCUACUUGCUAUUAGCCACCGUUAGCGUCUUCACCAUUGUCCGUGGCACUACCCAUCAGCUAGCUCUAGCUCUAGCCUGGACAAUUCGUCGGCCAGUCUGCACAGCGUGCUAUCGACCCAGAGCAUAUCGGACUUUCUGCCGGAAUCACUGGACCCUAGCGCCGGAUCAUCGCAACCACCUAGCUGCAACCUGUUGUUGGCUAAUUACCAUUGCCCCUUAGCAGCACCAGUUAGCCUUGAGCUAGCCUCGAGCCAGGCCCAUCUCCCGGCUAUCUACCUCUUUCAACCGGACGGGAGCUCCUAAUGUUGACACUGAGCCCCGCCGAUCCAACACGACUGGUUUGCCGACGAAAUCGUCUGAUGUGGUUUCAACAGGCUUCCCGUUACGACGUCGACCACGAAGAUCCAUCUGCUAGCCCCGGCCCGCUAGCACACGCAAACUACAACUGUGCUUCCUGCUAGCCUGUGCUGUAGCACCAAUUUGAACCGCUCUCGGACUCACAUAUUGCUGUUCACUGGACCUUAUGAUCACUCAGCUGCACAGCUGAUGCCUGCUGGACUGUUCCUUUACACGGUACCCUGUCCUGUUUAUUCUGUUUAGCCUCAGCCCAAACUUUAUCGCCAUUACCAGUUGUUGUCUUAGCUCUCUCUAAUAACACCUGUGAUUGCUUUAUGCCUCUCUCCCAUGUCAAUAUGCCUUGCCUAUUGCUGUUUGGGUUAGUUCUUAUUAUACAAUUUCACUGUAGAACCCCAAGUCCCUCUCAAACUGCCUCAAAUAGUUCCUUUGUUCCACCCCCCAUACACGCCGAGACCGGCUCAAUCGGUGCCUCCAGUGAUGCUAUCUCUUUCAUUGUUACCCAACGCUUAGGUUUACCUCAAUUGUACUCAUAUCCUUCCAUAUCCUUUUCUGUACAUAAUGCCCUGAAUCUUUUCUACAACGCCCGGAAAUCUGCCCCCUUUAUUCUCUGUACCCAACGCACUAGAAGACCAGUUCUUAAAGCCUUUAGUCGUAUCCUUAUUCUAGUCCUCCUCUGUUCCUCUGGUGAUGUAGAGGUUAACCCAGGCCCUGCAGCCCCCAGUAUCACUCCUACUCCCCAGGAGCUAUCAUUUGUUGACUUCUGUAACCGUAAAAGCCUUGGUUUUCUGCACGUAAAUAUCAGAAGCCUCCUUCCUAAGUUUGAGUUAUUCACUGCGUUAGCACACUCCGCCAACCCUGAUGUUCUAGCAGUGUCUGAAUCCUGGCUUAGGAAGGCCACCAAAAAUUCUGAAAUUUCCAUCCCCAACUAUAACAUUUUCCGUCUAGAUAGAACUGCCAAAGGGGGUGGAGUUGCAAUCUACUGUAGAGAUAGCCUGCAGAGCUCUAUCAUACUAUCCAGGUCUGUGCCCAAAUAGUUUGAGCUUCUACUUCUAAAAAUCCACCUUUCCAGAAAUAAGUCUCUCACUGUUGCCGCUUGCUACAGACCCCCCUCAGCCCCUAGCUGUGCCCUGGACACCAAAUGUGAACUGAUUGCCCCCCAUUUAUCCACAGAGUUCGUACUGCUUGGUGACCUAAAUUGGGAUAUGCUUAACACCCCGGCCAUCCUACAAUCCAAACUAGAUGCCCUCAAUCUCACACAAAUUGUCAACGAACCUACCAGGUACAACCCUAAAUCCGUAAACAUGGGUACCCUCAUAGAUAUCAUCCUGACUAACUUACCCUCUAAAUACACCUCCGCUGUCUUCAACCAGGAUCUCAGCGAUCACUGCCUUAUUGCCUGCGUCCGUAACGGGUCCGCGGUCAAACGACCACCCCUCAUCACUGUCAAACGCUCCCUAAAACACUUCAGCGAGCAGGCCUUCCUAAUUGACCUGGCCCAGGUAUCCUGGAUGGAUAUAGAUCUCAUUCCGUCAGUAGAGAAUGCCUGGUUGUUCUUUAAAAGUGCUUUCCUCUCAAUCUUAAAUAAGCAUGCUCCAUUCAAAACAUACAGAACUAAGAACAGAUAGAGCCCCUGGUUCUCCUCGGACUUGACUGCCCUUGACCAGCACAAAAACAUCCUGUGGCGUACUGCAUUAGCAUCAAAUAGCCCCCGCGAUAUGCUACUUUUCAGGGAAGUUAGGAACCAAUAUACACAAGCAGUUAGGAAAGCAAAGGCUAACUUUUUCAAACAGAAAUUUGCAUCCUGUAGCACUAACUCCAAAACGUUUUGGGACACUGUAAAGUCCAUGGAGAAUAAGAGCACUUCCUCCCAGCUGCACACUGCACUGAGGAUAGGAAACACUAUCACCACCGAUAAAUGUACAAUAAUCGAGAAUUUCAACAAGCAUUUUGCUACGGCUGGCCAUGCUUUCCACCUGGCUACCACUACCCCGGCCACCAGCUCUGCACCCUCCGCUGCAACUUGCCCAUGCCCCCCCCGCUUCUCCUUCACACAAAUUCAGACAGCUGAUGUUCUGAAAGAGCUGCAAAAUCUUGACCCCUACAAAUCAUCUGGGCUAGACAAUCUGGACCCUUUCUUUCUAAAACUAGCCGCCGAAAUUGUCGCAACCCCUAUUACUAGCCUGUUCAACCUCUCUUUCGUAACGUCUGAGAUCCCCAGAAAUUGGAAAGCUGCCGCGGUCAUCCCCCUCUUCAAAGGGGGUGACACUCUAGAUCCAAACUGUUACAGACCUAUAUCCAUCCUGCCCUGCCUUUCUAAAGUUUUUGAAAGCCAAGUUAACAAACAGAUCACCGACCAUUUCGAAUCCCACCGUACCUUCUCCGCUAUGCAAUCCGGUUUCCGAGCUGGUCAUGGGUGCACUUCAGCCACACUCAAGGUCCUAAACGAUAUUAUAACCGCGAUCGAUAAUAGACAGUACUGUGCAGCCGUCUUCAUCGACCUGGCCAAGGCUUUCGACUCUGUCAACCACCGCAUUCUUAUUGGCAGACUAAAUAGCCUUGGUUUCUCAAAUAACUGCCUCGCCUUGUUCACCAACUACUUUUCAGAUAGAGUUCAAUGUGUCAAAUCGGAGGGCCUGUUGUCUGGACCUAUGGCAGUCUCUAUGGGGGUGCCACAGGGUUCAAUUCUUGGGCCGACUCUUUUCUCCGUGUAUAUAAAUGAUGUCGCUCUUGCUGCUGGUGACUCUCAGAUCUACCUCUACGCAGACGACACCAUUUUGUAUACAUCUGGCCCUUCAUUGGACACUGUGUUAACAAACCUCCAAACGAGCUUCAAUGCCAGACAACACUCCUUCAGUAGCCUCCAACUGCUCUUAAACACUAGUAAAACUAAAUGCAUGCUCUUCAAUCGAACGCUGCUGGCACCCGCCCACCCGACUAGAAUCACUACUCUCGAGAGGUCUGACCUAGAGUAUGUGGACAACUACAAAUACCUAGGUGUCUGGUUAGACUGUAAACUCUCCUUCCAGACUCACAUUAAGAAUCUCCAAUCCAAAGUUAAAUCUAGAAUUGGUUUCCUAUUUCGCAACAAAGCCUCCUUCACUCAUGCUGCCAAACAUGCCCUCGUAAAACUGACUAUCCUACCGAUCCUUGACUUCGGCGAUGUCAUUUACAAAAUAGCCUCCAACACUCUACUCAGCAAAUUGGAUGUAGUCUAUCACAGUGCCAUCCGUUUUGUCUCCAAAGCCCCAUAUACUACCCACCACUGUGACCUGUACGCUCUUGUUGGCUGGUCCUCACUACAUAUUUGUCACCAAAUCCACUGGCUCCAGGUCAUCUAUAAAUCACUGCUAGGCAAAUCCCCGCCUUAUCUUAGCUCAUUGGUCACCAUAACAACACCCACCCGUAAUAUGCGCUCCAGCAGGUAUAUCUCACUGGUCAGCCCCAAAGCCAACACCUCCUUUGGCCGCCAUUCCUUCCAGUUCUCUGCUGCCAAUGACUGGAACAAAUUGCAAAAAUCUCUGAAGCUGGAGACACUUAUCUCCCUCACUAACUUUAAGCAUCAGUUGUCAGAGCACCUUACCGAUCACUGCACCUGUACACAGCCCAUCUGAAAUUAGCCCACCCAACUACCUCAUCCCCAUAUUGUUAUUUAUUUUGCUCAUUUGCACCCCAGUAUCUCUAUUUGCACAUCAUCUCUUGCAUCUAUCAUUCCAGUGUUAAUACUAAUUGUACUUAUUUUGCCCUAUAGCCUAUUUAUUGCCAUGCCUCCAUAACUUGCUACAUUUGCACACACUGUAUAUAUAUGUUUCUGUUGUAUUUUUGACUUUAUGUUAUUUUUUUACCCCAUAUGUAACUCUGUGUUGUUGUUUUUAAUCGCACUGCUUUGCUUUAUCUUGGCCAGGUCGCAGUUGUAAAUGAGAACUUGUUCUCAACUGGCUUACCUGGUUAAAUAAAGGUGAAAUAAAAUAAAAUAAAAAAUAGGUUAGACCCUACCAGAUAUGUAUAUUUGUCUUUGUCAUAACAGUAAGAUGCAUAUAUGUGUGUGGUGAUCUAGGUGCACGGAUUCUACUGAAGGAGACCACACUGAUGCCUCACAUCCACGGCCUGCCUGCACUCAUCACCAUGCUCUUCACCCCUGCCAUAGAGCUACGGUCAGUCUGCUUGGAGAUGGUAUACUCAUCACAUUUAGUCAAAUUACCUACCGUACCUUUUUUAUAGGGAAUGUCUUUUACGGAAUGUGAGGUCUUAUAGGGAAUGUAAAUUGAUUGGCGUGUUUUAUUAAAUGAUAACAUAAAUCAUUUGUCAUAUUCACGUCAAAUCAUGCAUUUAGUCAUAAAGGUCUGUUAAUGUAACUUUGCCUGUUGUCCGCAGCACCAACGAGGAGAGGACCAGCUACACUGGCGCCCUCUGUGGUCUGGGGUGGAACGUCCAGUCUCAGCCGGCUGUCUUGCCUGAACAUGACAUGGAGCUCGCCUUUGUCAAAUUCGAUGUAGAGGACAGAGGUAGCUAACACCCAUGUAGUUCCUCAUAGACCCUUCAUAUCCAUAUGUAUUGUGUUAUAAAACAUGAGCUUCAACUUUCCACAUAUAAUCAGUGUGUUUUGUGUUGGAUCAAUGCGUUGCGUGGUGCCAUCAACCGUCUGGUGUGUGAGGGGCCCAACGGUCCUCUGCAUCUGGGGCCUGACAGGAUCAAAAGCCUGCAGGAGGACUGCCGUGAACGCCUCAUCAGUCUGUUUACAAAGUCACCCCCUCGAGAAGACCUUGUUCCUGUGUACCAUGAGGAACCAAAGCAAUGGAACCAGGUAUUGCUUGAAUUCAUGGUGUAAUGUUAGUUUCCCCCACUUCAAUCAAUUCUGUCCUGAGCUUUUAUAGAGCGUAAGGUCCAUAUUAAUCAUAAUUUCUAGUGUUAAAACAAUUAUAUUGAGCGUGUAUGGUGUGACCAUUUUGUGUGCAGGUGGAUCCCAGUCAGAAGAUGGAGAUUUUCCAGAAGGAAGGUGUAAAGAGCAAAGAGGUCCUGUUCCAGCUACUCAACACUGCUCAACAUAUGAGCCCAUUCUAA